AUGAUAUGGAGAGGAGGGCUCUUUUUGGGUGCUGCCACCAACAACGAGGCUGAGUACAAAGGCCUGAUCCUGGGCCUGCGAAAGGCGCGUGAACUGAAGAUCACAAGGCUUAAGUUUGAAGCGAUUGAUUUGUGCCAUGUCCUACGAGAACACAACAAAGAAGCUGAUCAAAUGGCGAACUACGCCAUGAACAUCAAAAGAGAUUUUGAUGACAUGAUCGAUCCUGAUGAUGAUGAAGAUAUGAUCGAAUUACACAGAGGUAUGCACUCUGAUACUUACUCGAAUGAGAUCCGAUGGAUUAAGAACAAAUUCAGGAUGUAA